AUGGCUGCCUCCUCUCGCCGGUGCUAUUGCAGUGUACCGGGUUGUUCAACAUCAAAACAAAGACAGCCAUACCUUAGCUUCCAAAAAGACGAACACCUCCGCAAGGCUUGGGUGAGAUUGAUAAGGAGGGACGAAGGUCCUUUGUUCCAUAUAAGUCGGGGUAGUACGUUUGUAUGCAGCUUGCACUUUGACGAGGAAAGCAUUUACGUCUCGAAAAGUGGGCGGAGGAGACUAAAAUCCGGUACUACACCAAGUCGAUUUUCGUGGAACAGCUGGGGGGAGACUCGUGUGCUUCGCCAGUCAGUUUUCGAUCGGGUUAAUGCGCGUUUUGAAGUAACGUUAGUUGAAGAGUCACAGAAUAGCGACUCUGCUAUAGAGAACGCGGAUGAACAGCCCACAGUCGCGGAGGAUCAACAACCCGCGGCCGCCAGUGAUCACAAUUACUCCCGCGACUCCGCAGGUGGACUAGAUGCUGAUGCUGCUGCCGAAACCAUCAGGCAACUGGAGGCUAAGGUCAGAAGUUUAGAAAGACAACUGAGUGACCUGUCAUGCACACUAAACAUCAACAGAUACUGUGCCACUGACGAGGAAUUCCGGUUCUACACCCGUUUUCAAUCAGAGAAGGUGUUUUGGUCGUUUUGGGAAUCAGUUGCCCCCUCAGCAUCUAGGCUAAUCUACUGGAGCAGAGCUCAGAGGGCAAGCGAUGUCAUGGCAUUGGAGAAACCAAGCCCGAACCGGAGGCUGGCACUCAUGGAUGAACUGUUUCUUUACUGCUGUCGAGUUGCCGUUGGUAUGAAGGAGAAGGUGAUUGCGGACAUAUUUGGCAUUAGUCUCACUACGGUGAGUAGAAUAAUAAUUACAUGGGCCAACUAUCUAUUCAUUGUUUUGGGGUCAGUGCCAAUCUGGAUGUCAAGGGAACAGGUGCAAGCAACAAUGCCACCAAAGUUUACACAGUACUGCCCGAACGUGCGUGUUAUUCUGGACUGCACAGAAAUCAGAUGUGAGGCACCAUCAUCACUUACCCUCCAGUCAGAAACAUUCUCGUCCUACAAGAACACCAAUACUUUCAAAGGUCUAAUUGGCAUUGCCCCAUGUGGUGUUAUCACCUUCAUCUCAAAGCUUUUCACAGGUUCAAUAUCAGUUCGAGAAAUCACACGUCAGUCAGGGAUCCUCAGCCUGUUUGAGCCUGGAGAUGCAUGCAUGGCUGAUAAAGGCUUUGUCAUUGACCAGAUGCUGUCUGAUGUUGGAGCAACCCUCAUAAUCCCCCCAUUCAAAAGAGGUACCAGGUUCAGCAAAGAGGACACAGAAAAAACCCAGAACAUCGCCCGACUAAGAAUCCUGGUGGAGAGAGCCAUCAGAAGAGUGAAGGAAUAUCAUAUCUGGGACACAACCAUUCCUUUGACCCUUUCAGGGUCCGUCAAUCAGCUAUGGGCAACUUGUUGCCUAAUGUCCAACUACCAAGGCCCUCUGGAUGUGAAGGGUGAUGUCCCAGUGUGA